AGUGGAGUAGUUAGUGUCCCGGGCGGGUAGGUGGAGCAGUGAUGGCGGCCACUGACAUGAUGACAGAAGGUGACGUCUCUCCUACAGACGGUGACCAGGAAAGGGAGAAAGCAUUAUAUACCCUUAAAGUUUUAAGUGCUGUGAGAGAUGCUCAACUUACUCAUGGACUGCGACACAGUGACUACCAGCUGUACCGGCAGUACUGUAGUAGGCGGAUACGACGGUUACGCAAAAACCUGGACUUCAUCCAGGGCGAUAAAAAGAACUUCCAUAAAAAGCUUGUGACGGUGGAUGUGGUAAAAGAUGAGAGGUGAGGUUUCUAUAUCCCUCUUAUGACAAUAGAACGGUAUUGGGCGUACGCAAUGCAGUUAAAAGAGGAGAGUCAACAAGACCCUCGGAAAAAGUUUUCCAUGCGUAACAAACUUCGGAAUGCAGCCAAAUACGUUGCAAGUUUUGAAAAACUAGUGGAGGAGAGUGGGGUGUGUGAUGCCAGGACACAGCUGGAGGUACAGGGAUACUCAGCCUGGUUACAGGGGACAGUUUUAUUUGAACUGGCAGACUGGACACAUGAGUGGGCUAAGCCGGUGGAAUUCUUCAAUAAGGCUUUGGCCAUCUAUAGCAAGUUGAAAGAUGCCGUGUCAGAGGAGGAGGCGGAGGUGUACGGUGGUCGUCUGCAGGAGCUGGAGGUGAAGCUGAGGUUCUGCCGUCAUCAUCUGGGAGACCGAUCAGCCACAGAUACUCUUCUGGCCAUGCGUGGAAAUGAAGCCUUUGGUGACAAACUAGACAACUUGCUCGCUUCAGCCAGAGAGAGACAGGCAGCCACCCUGAGUGAAGUAACAUGGAAGGGCCGCACUUUAGCUGUAAAACAUGAGAAAGUCCGUCUGUUCUUGCUCAAUGAGGGUUUGAUUCAUGAAGAAUUAGAGAAAAUAAGCAACUUGAAUGAAUUUAUGAAUGUUGUUUCUCUUCAGACAUUUAAGCCCAGACAACAAGCAAGUGAGGGCCCUGUAUCCCCUCUGCACUUCCUCCACACCUACUUGUCGUAUCACCGACUGAACCUCACUGUUCUACGGAAUGUCGCUCUCGUUGACACAUACCAGAAAAUUGUGUCCGGGGAAAUGCAGGUUGAAGAUGGUAAGAAGGCUCCCAAGUUGCAAGACCUGGUGCGCUUACAGGAGAUUAUUAUCCAGAAUUUGAAAGAGAUCACCCAUCUCUCAGGGUUGGAAGAUGACCUCCAGCUGAAGCAGAGCAUUGAGGGACAAGUGCUGGCAUAUAAAGCCCACAGAUGUUAUUUUGUGGCUGAGAGUUUCGUUAAGAUGGAGAAGUGGGCCGAGGCUCUUGUCUUAUAUGAGAGAACUUUAGCACACAUCAAAGCUGCAGACAAGAGCCAGAUGAAGAUGUCUAUGGUAAAAGGACUGGAGAAUUUGUCUGUAUUGGUAGAUAGCAAAAAGUUUACUGCCCAUGCACAGGCUAUUCUUGCAUCUGAAUCCUCAACUCCAAAUGUAUCUAAGCUGUCUACAAAGGGCAAGAAAUUGCUUGUCGACCGCCUGGAUGAAUACAUUGAAGACUCAAGUUUAACCUCGAACAGCCCAAAUGUAGCUCAAGUGCCAUCUCCAAUGACUUCUGUGCCGUGCAAGCCACUGUUCUUCGACCUCGCGCUAAACCACGUCGAUUUCCCUUCACUCGACGAUAAAACAGAGACGAAGAAGCAAGCGUCGGGAGCUGGAGUUGGCGGCGGCCUUACCGGCUUAGUUAAGGGUCUCUGGGGAGGCUGGGGUAGUAAAAAGUAGAAGUUUUUAUUGUAUAAUGAAAGAAUACAAAAUAUAUAUGAAAAUAUUGCUAGUAUUUUGUUAAUACUGCAACGAAUGCUUUGGAGUUAUUAGUACAGUAUAGUAAUUGCUUUGGGGAUGAAUGACAUGGCUGAUUAAGGAAUACUAAAAUUUGUUCUUGAUGUAGUUUAGUUAUAGAUUGGUUCUCCAUGAUGUGAAUGAUCUUGUUUUAUAAUGUGCCUUCUGCUGGAGUUUUUUAAUAAAAGUGGUCCUUGGCUAUGACUCCUACACUUCAUUCUUUCGUGGAAGUCAACACAAACUUGUUUCAUAUAAUAUGGAUAUACUGUAUAAAUGAGCAAUUAUGUAAUGUAUCCUAAGUGAAGUUUGCAUUUGAUAUCAAUACAUAAUAUUUUCUUUAUAUUUUUUCAGAGCUUCAUAAUGUUUUGAUUAUAAAAUGAAAAAGAUAAAUGGAAUAACUCCCUAAAAUAUUAUUUUGGUUUGUAUUGCAGAGCAAGGUCUGUUAUUGUACUUAUCAUUUCUGUGUUUUAGCAGUCUCUACGGCCCUCCAGCAUUUUGAAGCAUUUAUUGCAAAUUUUACUCUUCUUCAGCAAACAGUAUAAACUUUGUAAAGAUAGGAAAAUUUUCAUCUUGAUACACAGUACAGUAUUCAAUAUGUUGAACAAUUUUAAUAAAUUGUUGAUAAAGUCAGUGGACCCUUUUGAUAAAGAUACUUAGCA